AUGAGGGCAAGGAAAAAUGGGAAACUUCCACCUCCAUUUCCAAAAGGUUGGAUUCCCAUUUGUGAAUCGGACAGUUUAAAGAAAUCGAAAGUAUUAGAAGUUAAUGCAUUUGGCUGCAACCUGGUCGCUUGGAGAGGAACCAGUGGUCAAUCUUAUGUCUCGGACGGAUAUUGCCCCCAUUUGGGAGCACAUUUAGGCGUGGGUAGCUCGGUUUCGGGGGAAUGUAUUAAGUGUCCUUUUCAUGGCUGGUGUUAUGAUGGAAGUCAGAACGGAAAAUUAGUGCAUAUCCCAUACGCAGAAGAUGUUCCGUCAAAUGUAUCCACAAAAAUGUGGAAAUCACAGGAAAAGUAUGGCCUGAUAUUCGUCUGGUACCCACAAAAUGAAGAGCCGUCCUGGAAUUUGGAAGAAAUUCCAGAGAUUGACAGAGAUAACUGGUCAUUCCGGGGUAGAAUAGUGUUUGAUACAUUAUGCCACAUUCAAGAUAUUCCUGAAAACCUGGCGGACGUUCCCCAUUUGAAUGAAGUGCACACAGAUCUAUCCACCAUUUCCGGCGAUGUACGGAAAUCUUGGAUCCAGAGGAGUCAUAUUCGUCACAUUCACACUGGAGAAUGGUCACCCAGUAAAAAAUGUGACGAAAACCAUAAAGCUUUUAUGACGAUGCAGCACAAAAUCGAAAUAUUUCAGCGAUUUCAUUGCGGCUAUGCUACCAUGAAAGCUGUUCAUAUUGGUCCAGCCCUAAUGCUUCUCUAUAUGUCUACCCCCACCGGAAAAUUUGUCAUUAUACAAGGCCUCGUCCCCUCCAGAGAGCUUCGUACUAGGUCCAUCCUCCGAAUUUAUGCCGAACCAAGGAUGCUCCAAUGCUUCGUGAAGCAAUUAAUGGACGGUAUUCAUAAUAAUGCACUUCGCGACCGUGUCAUCAUGAACAGGAAAUCAUUCACCGACAAACCAUUCCUUGUAAAGGAGGAUAAAUAUAUAAAAAUGUUCAGGCGGUGGUAUGCUCAAUUUUAUGGGGAAACCACGUCAAACGACAAUGAGUAAGUAAAAGUGGGUUUUAUUUUGUCCUUAAUUUCACUUGGCCUAGUCUUAUGUAUGGCGAUAUGAAUUUAUUAAGGGAUGAAAAGCAGAUUUUAUACAGUUAAGU